AUGAUGAUACGGGUGACGAUUCUGCUGCUGCUGCUGCUGCUGCUGUUGCGGCUCUUGCUGUUGUUGCUGCUGCUGGCUGGCGAAGUGACGACAACGUUAUGCGACAAAGCCUGCGGAGCUCGUAUCAGCGCCAAGCUCAUCUUGCAUCUCCUUUUCGCUGCAGAGGCUGCACGGCCGAGAUCUGCGACGGCGGUGGCGGCGGCAGCGGCGACAACGACGCCUUCACCGCCGGCGGCUGGCGUUGCCAGUUCAACACUGCCGAAGAAGCUGGGCAAGGCAGCAGAGCUCGGAGCUGGCGGGGGAGCUGGCGCGGCAGGCAGCACUGCGGCAGCAGUCGUCCUUGCGCCGUGGAAGGGCAGCAGCAGCGUCGCCGCAGCGGUGGCGGCAGCCUCCGCGUCAGCGACGCCGCCGUCAUCGUCAAUAGAGCCGCCGCCGCCGCCGCCGCCGCCGCCGCCGCCGCCGCCGCGAGGGACAGCAGGCAGCGGCUGA